AAGCACUAGUUUUUCUGCUAGCUCUUCGUCCUUCUUUCACGAGUCGGUGCUCGUCUGAGAGCUCUCGGUUCGUUUCGUUUCGGUCUCUCGCAGCUCGCUUCUGCGACAUAGUCGUCGGCUGCCAAGAUGGGAAAGGAGAAAUUUCACAUCAACAUCGUGGUCAUCGGACAUGUCGACUCCGGAAAGUCGACGACGACGGGUCACUUGAUCUACAAGCUGGGAGGAAUCGACAAGCGAGUGAUCGAGAGGUUCGAGAAGGAGGCGGCGGAGAUGAACAAGAGGUCGUUCAAGUACGCGUGGGUGCUGGACAAGCUGAAGGCUGAGCGCGAGCGCGGUAUCACGAUCGAUAUCGCUCUGUGGAAAUUCGAGACGAACAAGUACUACUGCACUGUGAUCGACGCCCCUGGACACAGGGAUUUCAUCAAGAACAUGAUCACGGGGACGUCGCAGGCUGACUGCGCCGUGCUGAUUAUCGACUCGACGACGGGAGGGUUCGAGGCCGGAAUCUCCAAGGACGGGCAGACCCGCGAGCACGCGCUGCUGGCCUUCACGCUGGGAGUGAAGCAGAUGAUUUGCUGCUGCAACAAGAUGGACGCGACGACGCCCAAGUACUCCAAGGGAAGGUUCGAGGAGAUCUCGAAGGAGGUGUCGAACUACCUGAAGAAGGUUGGGUACAACCCCGAUAAGAUCCCGUUCGUGCCCAUCUCCGGGUUCGAGGGCGACAACAUGAUCGAGAGGUCGACGAACCUGGACUGGUACAAGGGGCCGACUCUGCUGGACGCGUUGGACAACAUCUCCGAGCCCAAGAGGCCGUCGGACAAGCCCCUGAGGCUGCCGCUGCAGGACGUGUACAAGAUCGGAGGAAUCGGAACCGUGCCGGUGGGGCGGGUGGAGACGGGAGUGAUCAAGCCGGGCAUGGUGGUGUGCUUCGCGCCCACCGGUCUGACGACGGAGGUGAAGUCGGUGGAGAUGCACCACGAGGCGCUGCUGGAGGCGCUGCCCGGUGACAACGUCGGGUUCAACGUCAAGAACGUGGCGGUGAAGGACCUGAAGCGUGGGUUCGUGGCCUCGGACUCGAAGAACGACCCCGCGAAGGAGGCCGCCAACUUCACGUCGCAGGUCAUCAUCAUGAACCACCCGGGCCAGAUCGGCAACGGGUACGCGCCGGUGCUGGACUGCCACACCUCGCACAUUGCUGUGAAGUUCGCCGAGAUCUUGACCAAGGUGGACCGACGGUCUGGUAAGGAGAUCGAGAAGGAGCCUAAGUUCCUGAAGAACGGUGACGCCGGGUUCGUGAAGAUGAUUCCGACCAAGCCCAUGACGGUAGAGACGUUCGCCGAGUACCCGCCCCUGGGUCGUUUCGCCGUGCGCGACAUGAGGCAAACGGUGGCCGUCGGUGUCAUCAAGGCCGUCGAGAAGAAGGAGCCCACCGGCGCCAAGGUCACCAAGGCCGCCGCCAAGAAGAAGUGAAGCCGCCCGCGGGCCCUCGAGCCCUUCGCCAUCGCUGUCAAGCUGUGGCACUUAGUGCUUGACACCAGGAUUGCGCGCAUGCAAACUUGGGUGCUCGACAGGCGGUGGCGACGCAUUUUGAUAGGAGUAGGAAGAGCUUGUUUGAACUGCGAAUAAUGGAGCGGCAAUUUUGGUAACGGAGUCUUCGUGUUCGGGGUCGUUUUGAUUCUUCUUCCCGACCGUUCGUUUUUUGGGUUUUCAUUGAAUCGAUUAAAUCAGUGUGUACGCAUUUAGUCACAGUACCACUAGUUCAAUUAUGGGUAUCGCAGACAACGAUGACAUUCAUAAAUUUGUGGAACCGCCCUGGCGAGAAGAGUUUACGAGAAAAGUCAGGAGACCGAGAAGAACAGUGUUGGCAGAAUACCAAGUCACUGGCUGCUGCGAAAGGAAGAAAGAUGAGAUGUACUGUCACCGGGUUGGUCAAGUCCGAUAGUGUACUUUAGAGGAAGGCUCACAGAAGGUUCGGGAGAAGGGUAUGAGCAGAGGAUUAGAGGAGGUCUCCAUGGGCUGCGGCCAUGACUGGGAGUUUUAGUCACGCCCAUCCGCUGGUUGCAGUAAACACGUGUUGAGUUUCAACAAGACCAGAUUAAUGUAAUGAGGUUCGUCGGCUGAUACGAAAUUUAAU